UUCCCCUUAAUGGGUGAGGGAAUAGUGUGGCACUGUGCCUCGUAUCUUUUGUGAGGAAAAAAAAGGUUUUUAGGAGAAGAAACAAAGGGAAUAGUUGAAGUUCUUAGAGCUCUGCUGCCUCAUAUGUUAGAAUCUUUUAAUCCUGGUUUGGAUUAGUCAUAGACUCAUAGUUUGGGUUGGGAGAGACCUUAAAGGUCUUCUAGUUCUGAUCCUGCUGUGGGUUCAAAAGAGAGGAAGAAAAAGCAGCCCUUAAAGUGCUCUAUUUCUGUGGAAAAUCCUCUCAAGAGGGAGAAAGAGGAGGAUUUUACCUCAGGGAAGUCACAUUUUGAUGCCCCUGAGCACAAAUAAACUGUUUGGAGUAGGAGGGUAAGGGUAAAAGUGCUUUAUGUUCAUCAUUUUUGGUGGUUUGUGAGGAGACGACGCUCAUAUUUUGGUGUCUAAGGGGGCAGCUGGUGAUGGCGAUACCACCAAAGUGCCCUGAAAUUUGAAAUAAAAAGGAAUUUAUGAUUUUUUGGCCAGUUUUUGAGGGCAGCUGUGAGGCGAGGCGCGUCCCUCUCCUCACCACCCCAAUUUGUUGGCGUUUGGGUGCUGGGGAGUGGGAGCAGAACCUGCAAAACUGAAGUGUUUUGGGAUUUUUUAAUGAAAAAAAGCCUAGUUUUGUAUUUUUAGCAGGUAAGCCUGUUGCUUUUAUCACUCCUUUGACCGAAAUGAGCUUUUCUAACUACAAAAUUCCUUUACUUAUUGCCUUUUUGGGGUUCCUUUUCCACGUCUGACCCCUGUAGCUGGUAUAAAAUUCCCCAAAUUCCUCAACUAUCAGCAUUGCUGGGGUUAAAGCAUCUUGGAUUUUGAACCCCCUUUUGCCUCUGGAUUUGAAGCCCAUUUUUGCCCUGAUUUUCAUCCAGGAAAAAUCUACUUGGGGGCAGCUCAGCUGCUUUUUCGCCAUCUCCAAACUCUUCAGACCAGCUUGGAUUUCUAAAUCAGGAGAACUUGGCUUUCUUUGUUAAAAAAGGUUAUUUUUUUGUUAACUGUAGGUUUAACUUUCCCAGCAGGUGUUUUUUUGAUGUGUUUUGGAGUGUUUUAAGAGCUCACGGCCAAUGCCAGGAUUCCGGCUGGAUGCUUCCCAUGUCCCUUCCUCGGGCAAGACCAGCCCCCCUGGCAGCGAACGCCCCCCCUCCAGCCCUCCCCACACUUGGGGGGCAGGCGAAGAGCCCCCCGAUCCCUCCGGCAGCUCUCGGAGCCUUCACCUGCACCGCCAGGAAUGCGACGCUUUCUUCCGCCUGCUGGAAGACGAGGUCGUGCAGGAAUUUCUCUCCAUGGAUGUCUGUUGCCGGAUUUCUGAUAAGUACCUUCUGGCGAUGGCGUUGACCUACUUCAAGCGCGCGGGGCUGCCCACCAGCGAGUACACCCGGAUCAACCUCUUCACCGCUCUGUACCUGGCGCACGACAUGGAGGAAGAUGAGGAGGAGCCCAAGUACCUGAUCUUUCCGUGGGCGCUCGGCCGCCGCUGGCGUCAGCUUUUCCCGCGGUUCCUGCGCCGCCGUGACCGCCUCUGGGCUCGCAUGCGCUACCGGGCCGCCGUCAGCCGCCACUGCUGCGAGGAGGUGAUGUUGGCGGCCCCCCCGCACUGGGCCUGGUUACGGGAGCGCCCCUCACUCCAUAGCGGUGCCGCUCGCUCCCCCCGGCCCUGCCCGCGCUGCGGCCGCCGUCGCCGCCACCACAACGAGGAGGAGGAGGAGGAGGAGGGGGGAGCCUUCAUCCUGCACCGGCCCUCUCCAACCACGCUGCCCCCGUACCCCAAAACCUACUGAACCCCCCCAAAACUGCGCCCCGAGGGACGUUUCCCACGCAUUGACCCCCAAAUUGGUGGGUUUUAACUCAAAAUCCACCCGCGCCACAGAGCGGAGCUGUUUGUUUCCUCCGAAUGUCAACGUUUUCACAGUGCAUAUUCCCAAUUUCUGUGUGUUUUCCCAUUUUGUCCCAUUUUCUCCCUAUUAAUGAUUAAUAUUAAUCACCCCAAAUCCGGGCCUGGCCACACUCUGAACGAUGUUUCCCACGUGCUGACCCCCAAAUUGGUGGGUUUUGACUCAAAAUCCACCUUUGUGUCAGAGCUGAGCUGCUCGUUUCCACAGAAUUUCAGUAUUUCCCCCCGGAAUUUCAGUA